GAGAGAUUGCGCGUCUGGGUUCAGUCUGCGGGGAUAAAAAAAGCAAUAAACUAUGGACAGGAGGACGAACUUUGGGGACGUUUUACACAAAACUCUGAACGUCUCGGGUAAAAAGAUGGACUCGUUGCGUGCUCCGGGUUCCGAGGCAUCGUGCAGAGAGCGCCAGUCGCCGCUCAGAUCAUUCGAUCCGUCCGACUCGGAUCCGCUUCAGGCUGUCGGAGGAGUGGGGUCUCUCGGUCUCGCUGGUGGAUCCAUGCGGGUGCCAUACGGCGUUGGAGGCGAAGGCACGAGCGGACAGAGCAGCGGCGGAGAGCAGAGCCCGGACGACGACAGCGACGGCCGGUGCGAAAUGAUGCUCUUGGCAACGGCUCGAGACCCGAGGACGACUUCUGCAGCGGCGGGUGCGUCGGGCGCAAAGUGCGAAACGGGGAAGAAGAACCGUGAGCAGAAGAUGCUGCGGCUAAACAUCAACGCGCGCGAGCGAAGACGGAUGCACGACCUGAACGACGCGCUGGACGAGCUGCGGGCGGUCAUCCCUUACGCGCACAGCCCGUCCGUGCGCAAGCUCUCCAAGAUCGCCACUCUGCUCCUCGCCAAGAACUACAUCCUCAUGCAGGCGCAGGCGCUCGAGGAGAUGAGACGACUCGUGGCGUAUCUAAACCAGGGCCAGCCCGUGUCGCUUGCACCGAGCCUGAGCGCGUAUGAACAGUCGCCCGGGUACCCCGCGUUCCCCACCGGAGCCGCCGCGGCCUCCUCGUGCCCCGACAAAUGUACCCUUUUCAACAGCGUCACCUCUAGUCUGUGUAAACAGUGUACCGACAAGCCUUAAACACACACACACACACACACACACACACACACACACACACACACACACACACACACACACACACACACACGCACACACACACACUUCAGUGAGACUGAAACUGACGCCUGUAGGCUGCAUUUCAUAUUCCAAGAACGGAUAGAAAAGAAUUGUCAACUUUUCUUACAUCGCCUAGGAUUUCAGCAGAUGUGCCGCAGAUCCAGCAGUUUGUUCGUUUUUUUUUUCUUUGGUUUAGAUAUCUCUGAUAUCUAUGUGUGUGGAGUGUGUGCGUGGUGAUUGCUCGCGCGUGUAUGUAUGUACGUAUGUAAAUAUAAAGUAAGUGCUGGUGCGAGUGAACUGAAAGCAAAGUCUAUGUGUGAGUGUUGAGAAUGGACAGUUUAUGGAAAUUUGGACCCUAAUUAUGGACACAGUGAGCUGUUCCGACCUGGCAACAUGUGAGCAUUACUUGUUUUUUUUUUGGGAUCUCUUGUUUAAUAACUGCCCUGCAAUAAUAAUAAUAAUAAUAAUAAUAAUAAUAAUAAUAAUAAUAAUAAUAAUAAUAAUAAUAAUCUGUGCUGUUUAGAAAUUUCGCUUCCAUGUUUGCGUUUGGUGAUAAAAACAAACAGCAUCUAUGACUUCGAAAGCAAAGGAAUGGAAUUAUCAGAAAUAAUGGACUUUUCUUUGUCACAGCUGAUUUCUAACAAUCCCACUGCAGCCUUGUUUGAGCCGAUGAAGUUGACUUUGGUUUAAAUUUCCAGGUUUGCAUGAGUGAUUUAAGUCUGUUCGCUGUACACCUGGCUUUUUCCCCGUUGUUUUCUUUUCUCACACUCUCAUGCAGCAGGCUGUGAAUGAGAUUUCGGCUUGAACUUGUUGUCAGGUCAUCAUGAUGAGCACUGCAGA